AUGCCGCCGCCCUCAUCAAAACCACCUCCCCUCCCCCUCGCCCCCGACCGCGCCGCCAUAUCCAACAAAAUCUCCCUCCUCCUCUCCAACCGCACAUCCCUCCUGAAAACACUCAACCCUCCCUCUUCCUCCUCAUCCUCACAAACAACGCAAACGCGGAGGCACAAGGUCAACGCAGACGACAUCGAGCAGCUCUUCUCCGGGCCCCGGCCCAACGAAGGCGUAGGGUAUGUUCCCGACCGUAAGGCCGCUGCGGGAGACGCGGCUGCGAGGGAAGAUCGGAUGUUGAGGGGACGGUUGUUGGGGAAGAAGGGGCAGAGGGAUGGGAAGGGGGGGAAGAAGUUUGCGGCGGCGGUGGAGAGUGAGAGUGAUGAGGAGCCUGGGAGGAGUGGGUUGGGGAAGAGGAAGAGGCCGAGGAGGGAGGUUGAGGAAGUUGAAGAGGAUGGAGACAAGGUGGGAGGAGAAGAUGAGGUUGAACAUAAGGAAACUGGUCAUGGUGAAGGAGAUGUUGAAGAUGCUGCGCCGGUACUACUACAACAAGAGACAAUAACAGAUUCCAACGGCGGCGACGACGCGAAGCGGAAUAAGAAGAAGAAAAAGAGACAAAGGGAAAAAGAAAAGCAAAGGCAAAAGAAACUCGGCAAUAUCCCAUCAUAG